CCCACCGCCCCCGUCCCUUCCUCGGCCGCCGCUCCGCAGGCCCAGCGCUCCCUCAGCCCGGCCGCCCUUCUCCGUCCCCGGGCUCUGCGCGCCCCUCCCCGGCCUCCCUCCCCGUCGGGGCGGCUGAAGCGGCCCCUCCUGCGCGGCGCGGAAGCGUCCAACAUGGAAGGCGGCAGGGCGGCGGCGGCGCUGGGCGGCGGGCAAGGAGGCCCACCGGAGCCCGGAGGAGGCCCUGCCCGGAGGCCCUCCCGCUUGGCCGCCGCGGCACCCACGGCCCCGGCCUCGCCCGGCACGGAGCAGCCCGCAGACAGCCCUACAGGAUCCCAUGUUGAGUGGUGCAAGCAACUCAUCGCUGCUACGAUUUCUAGCCAGAUUUCUGGAUCUGUCCUCUCGGACAACGUAUCCCGGGAAUAUCGGGUGUACAGGAAGCCCACCAUAAGGGCCCUGAGGGAUGGGAACAAGCUGGCCCAGAUGGAGGAAGCCCCUCUCUUUCCCGGAGAGUCCAUCAAAGCGAUCGCUAAAGAUGUGGUCUAUAUCUGCCCAUUCAUCGGAGCCAUCAGUGGCACGUUGACAGUGACCGAUUACAAAAUGUAUUUCAAGAAUGUUGAGAGGGAUCCACAUUUUGUCCUUGACGUUCCCCUUGGAGUAAUAAGCAGAGUGGAAAAGAUUGGCGUGCAGAGCCACGGAGACAAUUCUUGCGGCCUCGAGAUUGUUUGUAAGGAUAUGAGAAACUUGCGGCUUGCUUAUAAACAGGAAGAGCAGAGACUGGAGAUCUUCCAGAACCUGAUUACCCGAGCAUUUCCUCUUUCUCACGACCUGCCCUUCUUCGCCUUCAGUUACAAAGAGAAAUUUCCUACUAACGGCUGGAAGGUUUAUGAUCCGGUGGCAGAGUAUAAAAGACAGGGUUUACCCAACGAGAGCUGGAAAAUAUCCAAAAUUAACAGCAUGUAUGAAUUUUGUGACACAUAUCCUGCCGUUCUUGUUGUGCCAACCAGCGUCAAAGACGAAGACGUCUCCCGGGUGGCUGCAUUCAGAGCGAAAGGCAGAGUUCCAGUGUUGUCCUGGAUCCACCCCGAGAGCCAGGCCACCCUCACCCGGUGCAGCCAGCCCCUCAUCGGGCCUAACGACAAGCAGUGCAAAGAAGACGAGAAGUACUUGCAGACCAUCAUGGACGCCAACGCUCAGUCGCACAAGCUCUUCAUCUUUGACGCCAGGCAGAACAACGUCGCCGACACCAACAAGACCAAAGGCGGAGGCUACGAAAGCGAAAGUGCCUAUCCCAACGUGGAACUGAUCUUCUUGGAAAUCCCGAAUAUCCACGUGAUGAGGGAAUCGCUGCGCAAGCUGAAAGAAAUCGUUUACCCCACCAUCGAUGAAUCCCGCUGGCUGUCCAACGUGGAGAGUACGCACUGGCUGGAAUAUAUACGGAUGCUUCUGGCCGGAGCUGUGAGAAUUGCUGACAAAAUUGAGUCUGGGAAAACUUCGGUGGUGGUUCAUUGCAGCGAUGGUUGGGACCGGACCGCUCAGUUGACUUCCUUGGCGAUGCUCAUGCUGGACAGCUACUACCGGACCAUCAAAGGCUUCGAGGUCCUCUUGGAGAAGGAGUGGAUGAGUUUCGGGCAUCGCUUUGCCCUGCGAGUCGGUCACGGAGAUCACGAUCACGCAGAUGCUGACAGAUCCCCCAUGUUCCUGCAGUUCAUUGAUUGUGUCUGGCAAAUGACGAAGCAGUUCCCAGCCGCCUUCGAAUUCAACGAGCUGUUUUUGAUCAACAUUUUGGAUCACCUGUACAGCUGUCUGUUCGGCACCUUUCUGUACAACUCAGAACAUCAGCGAGUGAAAGAGGAGAUAAACACCAAAACCGUCUCUCUGUGGUCCUACAUCAACAGCCAGGUGGAAGACUUCAGCAACCCUUUCUAUGUCAACUACAAGAACCACGUUCUCUACCCAGUAGCCAGCUUAAGUCACCUGGAAUUGUGGGUCAACUACUAUGUACGUUGGGACCCCCGCAUGAGACCCCAGAUGCCAAUUCACCAGAACCUGAAGGAACUCCUCGCCAUCCGAACCGAACUUCAAAAGAGGGUGGAAGAACUGCAGCGGGAAGCCGCCAAGCGCUCCAUUUCGUCUUCCUCCGAGCGGGGCUCCUCUCCCGCCGUCACCCCCGUCCACACUUCCGUCUGACCGACCAGCGAGGCCCCGCGAGGUUUACUACAGACACGUUAUCUGCUGCCAGAAACCCUCCCUCCCUCCCCUCCCUCCGGUGUUAUUUGGGCUGGAGGGUAAGUGGGGGGGGGGAGGCCUCCCCCCUUUCCCUCGAUGUCUGUUACAGUAAAGCCAAAAGUAUUUCCUUGCAGUAUCGCGCUGUGGAGUGGGUGGUUGCUCAUUUCUUUCUUAUCUGUCUUUAAAAAAAAAAAACCGUGAGCGUUGAGUCGGUAGCCAAACUCUUUUUAACUCCUUGCUAAAACUUGCAGCAAAAGCAGGAAAUCUGUUGCUCGGGGAAGCAAUUGGGGAGGCCGUAUUCCACCAUCGCCUCCUGCCUCCUGGUCAAAUCAUCUCCAGUUAGCUUCAUGUCCGAGAAGGGAAACCUCCUUCGCUUUCCUUGGUACUUCCUCCAGGUGGGGUGGGGUGGGGGUUCUUGGAGAAGGGGAAAGGAAGCCACAGCCAACACUGUAUUUUUGGGGACAGUUCCGAUGACUUUGAUGCACUUUGAAAUGGAUUGGUUUUUUUUUAUUAUUAUUCCUAUAGGAGUUGUAUAUUUGAAUAAAGACGUUUUAAAAAGCC